AUGGGCUCUACGGCCGCUUCUCCAGAGGCAAGUCCGACAAGGUCUGACAAGUCGAGAAAACCUGUAAGCGAAGUUUACGUUCCCAAACAGAGGCGUAGUCUAACUGAUGAAGAACAACUAUCCCCGAUUAGUGAUUCUAAAGGUAGUAUCAUUAAUGAUAAUUAUGAGAAUCAAGACAACGCAAUCUUAAGAAAAGGACGAGGAACAUUUCGUGGUCCUGGUACCGAUAAUCAACAAGACCAACAAGACCAACAGAAACAAGCCCCUCGUACCCCUAGAGGUCGCGAUUUUGAUGCAACCUCUUUACGACAAUACCCACCAAAAACUGGGGAUAAGCCACCAAAUAAGGGUCACGUUAGGGCUAAGUCAAAAUCAGAUAGUAGAAAGAAUAGCAAUGGACAUCAAGGUUCUGAAAGUGGUGGAUCCGGUAGCGACAACAAUGCUUCUGAUGACGUCUCCAAAAUCGCUAAUUCUUUAGAGAACAUCAAUAUUAGUGAUAAUAAUGAAAGUGAAGUAAAGGUCACUUCUCAAUAUAAUGAUACUCCAUUGACUUCACAAGAAUUUCUAGUACAACAAGACGUUGAUGAUUGGGAAAAUCAGGCGGACGUUGCUGAAAUGAAAAAUAAUAGUGGUUUCAAUAGUCCAAUUACUAGUCCUACCAGUCCUGUAGAGAAUCCAUUUGAUUGGCAAGCAAAUAGACAAAAAUCAGAAGCUCAAAAGAAUGAAAAUGCGAAAAAUGCAUACGAGGGAUCAACUCGUAUUCUUGAUAUAUUUGAUUUUCCUGCAUCAUUUAAAACACAUCACCUUCACGAAAUUUUCCAAGAAUACGAAAAUAUGCGUGGUGGAUAUCGCAUUAAAUGGAUGGAAGAUACUCGCGCUUUGAUUAUCUUUGAACAUCCAUCUACAGCGCGAAAGGCAUAUUUGGAUAAUGUCACCUACCAACUAGCCACAAUUAAACCAUAUGAAGGACCAACCGACUUUCUUCAAAAGAAUCCUAAUAUUGCAGCACAAUCUCGUGCGCGUCCUGCAACCACUGACAUGGUCGCUAAACGACUUGUUCAUGGCGCCCUUGGGGUUCGCGUCUCAAGAUCUCCUGAACAACGUCAAGCAGAAAAUAUGAUUCUCAGGUCUGCUCGAGAUCAACGUGACCAAAGACGUAAUGAAGUUACGAGACGGUCUCAAGAUUUGGAUUCAGCAUUCAAUGAAUGA